AUGGACAAGCACCUGAAGGAUCUCCCCCUGCGGCGGGACGAGAAGGACGACAUGUCUGACGACGACUUCGACUUCGACGAGGAGUACUUCGAGAGGACUUACAGACCGCUGUCGAACCUCCCGACUCCGCCCCCCUCGUCCAAAAACUCGUCCGCCUCCCAGAGCCCGGUCAUGGAAAUGCACGAAGGCGAGCUGCUGCACCCAGCUCUGAUAGGCGCCGCCAUCCACCUGGUCAACCUCCUCCCUCCUUCGGCCUCGCUGGCCACGCCGUCCGUCUCCCUCGUGCAGUCGAUGCUCGCCCGCGCCGACCUGCCCGAGCAUACGGUCGCCCUGGCCGUCUGCAUCCUGGACUCGCUCACUACCCGCUUCUCGCGCAACUGGAGGCUCUCGUGCCCUCUGGCCCCCGCCCCUGCCCCCGCCCCCGCCGCCGACGACUCGGCCGCGUGGCCGCUGCGGCGCUCGGGCAGCAAGCGACACACCCUCGCCGGGACUGGUAACAUGUCCCGCGACCGCUUCGUCCGGGGCCAGCAGCCGCUGCAGCUGCACAUCGACUCGGUCAACCCCGAGGUCAUGGUGCUCGCCGCCAUGAUGAUCGCCGGCAAGUUCACCGAGGACUCGCAGGAACCGACGCGGUGGUACGCCUCGGCCUGGGGCGGCGGCGUCUGGACGUACGAGCAGAUCAACGUCACGGAGCGCUGCAUCAUGGAGAGCCUGGGCUACCGCAUCAUGCCGCUUACCGCGCCCGACGUGCUGGAAGGCGCCCUGUCCGACAUGGCGCGGGCCGCGAAAUCGGCCUGCGGCGUGGGGAGCGGCGCCAGCACCAAGGCUCGGGGCCAACAAGCGCAAGCCCCCGGAUGGGUGGCUGCCUCCAACGGCUGCGACAGCGGCCUCAGGCGGGAGGAAGCACACUUCCGCUCUAAGAGCUGCGGGAAGCCGCCGCAAUCCCAGCUGGCCUCGCUCCAGCUCACACCAACGGACACCCCGUGA